AUGCAGGCGACCCUGGUUCCGCGAAAGGAAGAGCCGAAGGCGGACGAAGGGGCGGCGAAGCCGAAGCCGCAGCUGGUGAAGCGCAAGUCCUUUGAGGAAAAGGCCGCCGAGACGCAGGCUCGCCUCGAGGCGAAGCUGGCCAAGUUUCACCAAGACCAGGAGCAGAAGCGUAUCCAGGAGGAGGUCAUGAAGAUGCGCCGGCGAGAAAAGGAGAAGAAAAAGAAGAAGAAGGAAAAGAAAAAGGAGAAGGAAGCGAAGUUGGGAGGCAAGAAGAGCAAAAGAAAGCUAUCUGAGUAA